AUGACAACAAUGCAAGAUCACAAGAGCAUGCUAACUCAAACUAUUGAUAAAAUUAUAACGCAAAAGAUUGAGGAGGCAGACUGCAACAUUAAGCCAGAUCAAGCUAUCAAUAAACUCUUAAUACAGGAGAUUGGAAAGGGUUUCAAAGCUUAUAUAGAAAAGCUAGAUGAACAAUACGAUUCUGA